CUUCCAAAAGAUGUCGAACAAGAGGUUUUGAAAGCUGCUCGGAAAAGUCAAAACUGUACAGUCCGCGUGUUGGCGACAGCAAAAAAUAUCGUAGAGGGUUACUACACCAGCAAGGGCCUCACAUUCGGUACGAUAUCACACUUCGAUGGAAUGGAAAAUGGUGAGGUCAUAGCACACGUCGUCGAGGGAGAAAUCACACGAGUCCAAGCGGUCUUUGUAGACGAGAAUCUCCAGCCAAUGCCUGGCAACAAGGGAGUGACUCAUCCGCGUGUGAUUCAGAGGGAACAUAAUUUUAAAGUUGGAAAACUCUAUAACGUCGAAGACGCGAAGACGGCAUUGCGUGAUAUUUUCCUACUGCAGUUGUUUGACAACGUCCAAGUUGUACCGAGACCUGAUGAGCGCGAUCCAUCCAAAAUUGAAGUUGAUAUACUACUUCGCGAAAGACCAACGAAGACAGCGGAGACUGAACUUGAAUGGAGUAUCGCACCAGGUGAAAAUGGUCGUCCAGAUCUUGUUUCGGCGCGUCCAGGUGGUUCUGUGUUCUUUGAACACAGGAAUCUGGAUAGCUGGGGACGUCAACUUUUUGGGUCGAUUUCAACAGCCAACUUCCUUGAACCACAGGAAGAUCUGGGGUUCAAACUGGAGUACAACCACCCGUACUGCAAAGGCGACGCUGAUAGCGAUAAGACAUCUUUCAAAGCUGCGGCUUUCAAUUCGCGGAAACUGUCCCCGGUCUUCACCGGAGGGCCUCUGAUUCAAGAUGUUCCCGGCAUUUGGGUCGAUAGAGCAGGUAUCAAGGCGACGGUUUGCCAGAACUUUACAAAGCAGUCGAAGUGCUCACUUGGUAUGGUAUUAGAAGAAGUGACAACGCGUGAUGAUUCGGGAGCGGUAUGUGCGUCUGGCGCAAAACAACUCCCAAAUGGUUCUCUGUCGCUUGAUGGUCCUCGAACUACGUUAUCUGACACAGGUACAGAUCGAGUCAUGUUCCUUCAGGGUAAUGUCACCAGAGACACGACGACGUUUGUAAACGGUACGCAAGUCGGCGCCCGAGAUAUAUUUCAGAUCGAUCAGUCGAUUCCGUUUUGGCCAAAACGACCGAUAUUCAACCGUUCCAAAGUCGAAUUAACACGAUUUGUUCAGUUGCUGCCAGAAAACAAGAAAAAUUCUCUUCCUCCUCCUGUUGUUGUCUUGCACACUCGAGCAGGUCACAUUCUUGGGAAUUGCGCAGCUUACGAUGCUUUUGCUUUGGGUGGCCCGCACUCUUGUAGAGGAUACACCGUGGGUGAACUUGGCGCCGCACGCUCUCUUCUCGAGACUGCAGUUGAGAUACGCCUCCCUGUUCCUGUAUUGAAAACACACGGCUUCUUAUUUUGGGAGCAAUGCUCCGACUUAUCGUCAAGUUCAGCGUUAUCAGGUAACCCAACGGAGUUUUAUCGAAGAGCUGGUAAAGGAUCAACUCACGGUGUUGGUAUCAAACUGGGGCCGGUGCGAGCGGAGUGGUGCAUUGAUAACAACAGCGGCACGGCCUCCACAUAUGUUCGAUUCGGUGAGCGAUUUUAA